GGCGCAUCUCAGGUGUCGUGUUUUCCUCCGCUGUGGUUCUUUAGUGCUAUGAAGUUACGCGCGGGGUUGGUACCGACGCAGAACGCGUAUUCUGGCAUAUUCAAAUGAAGUCCGAAAGAAAUAUGUUUACCUCGUAGUUUAUUCUGAUACAAAGUGUUUUGUUUUUAAAUGGCUUCAUUUCGAUACGUUUUAACCCGUCGUGUAAAUAACAGUGGGUGAAACAAUGAAAGACAUACACCUGCCAUCCGAUUCAUGUAUCAAUGGUUCAGUAAUAAGGAUCUUCUGUCCCACAUCCGCCUCUGUUUGUGUGUUUGACACGGGUGUUGGCAACACGUCUUUUAGUGUAGACAACCCCAAUAAAAACUCUACAGUCAACACCGCAGCUCUCACCAUCGACAAAUGGAGCAACUACAAUUUCUGGACGGGCUUGACGCUGGCCGUGUUCUCAGCUUUUCUUAUAGGAGGAAGCAUUAUCCUGAAGAAGAAGGCUUUGCUGCGUUUGGCCAGUACUGGGGAGACGAGAGCAGCUGAGGGAGGUCAUGGGUACCUGAAGGACUGGCUGUGGUGGGGAGGCCUUUUGACAAUGGGUGGUGGUGAAGUGGCCAAUUUCACGGCGUACAUGUUUGCUCCAGCCACAGUGGUGACCCCUUUAGGAGCUCUCAGUGUUCUUAUCAGUGCAGUUCUGUCCUCCCACUUGUUCGGAGAAACAAUGAAUCUGCUAGGAAAACUUGGCUGCAUGCUCAGCAUACUGGGAAGCACUAUAAUGGUUAUACAUGCACCUGAAGAGGAAGAGGUGACGACGCUUACAGAAAUGACAGACAAACUGCUAGAUCCUGGUUUUCUGGUGUUUGCCAGCAUCCUGCUGGUCACUUGUAUGGUCCUGAUCUUCUACGUCUCUCCUCGCUUCGGUCAAACCAACAUAUUAGUCUACAUCAGCAUCUGCUCUCUGCUCGGAUCGUUCACCGUGUCCUCGGUCAAGGGCCUCGGCAUUGCGAUCCGCACCAUGUUCUCUGACCUUUCAGUGGUCCGUCACCCUCUCACUUGGAUUCUUUUGCUGACCCUAAUUGGAUCCAUCAUCAUUCAGGUCAACUAUCUGAAUAAGUCGCUGGAUACCUUCAAUACACUCUUGGUGUACCCCAUCUACUACGUCUUCUUCACCACUGUAGUCCUGAGCACCUCCGUGAUUCUCUUUAAAGAAUGGGGAGCCAUGUCAGGAGUGGAUAUGGUGGGCACCAUCGGGGGCUUCUUGGUGAUUGUGAUCGGGGUGAGCAUGUUACACCUCUUCAAAGACUUUAACGUGUGUUUUGAAGAUUUAAGAAGCAACCUUUGUCAGCCAGAAAGCCCGUCGAAGAGGGAGGACAAGCACAUCCUCAUAGAGAACAUAGAGAGCCUACCGCCCAUGAGAGAGGAAGGGCCCAGAGUCUUCAUCAUCAGCUGAGAUUGUAUUAGAUCUCAGCGAGUUUGACUAUACAGUUUAGUAAUAUCCUCACUCUUAAUCUUAAUUGUUGAUUUCACUGCUGAAGGCUGUUGUACUAUGACGCAGUGAUUUGGAUUGGCUGCUGCCGAGUACGGUGAUGACGCAGAUAUAUAUAUAUAUAUAUUUAAUAUUAUUUAGCUGUUACUAAAGAUUUGAAAAUAACUUUUAGCAACCUCGGAAAUGUUUAAAGACUGAAACAGCAUUAAACAGAAAAUGAUGCAGCAGAACUUCAAAUUUUGCUGCCGAGAACUGCCAAUGAAGCAUGUAAUAUACAAAAAAUAAAAAAUUCCCCUCAUGGAUGGAACUGUGUGAGUGAUCUUGAAAUAGGCCAGUGAAUCUAAAAUAUUUACAUACAUUUUGAAUGGAAAAUAAAGAUUAAAUGUUUCAUAUUUCACAGGAUAUGUAUUGUUGUUUGUCUAGAAAAGUUCAUGUUGUUGUUUUUCACAUACUAUCAGAUGAUUUACAGACAUUCCACCCUCUGUGCCCCCCAAUUUAUGAGAAUAUAUAAUGCUUACAGUACAUUAAUUAUAUUAUAUUAUAUUAUAUUAAAGCCUGUUCAUUUGUGUAAGCCGUGUAAUGUCACAGAUUUUUGGCAAAUCAGAAGACAAGUGGUCAUAUGAAUUACAUAUGAAACGCAUGUAAGUACCGGUAAGGUGUCUUGCUUGACCACUUGUGAACAGAUCACCUAAACAGGCUUUUUUCGCUUAAUUUCCAGGAUAUUGUGAAUCAUUUGCAGGCAUUAGGAAGCUGCAACCCAUAUAGUGACAGGGA